CUCUCCGCAGUUUCCGUAGUUCGUGAAAACGGCCAGAAACAUGGCGGCUGUCACUUUGAUUUGCCGUCCUGUGAGUGUCCUUCCCAGGAUUUCAAGCACCUGUUCUCCUGUGGUGCUUGCAUCUGGGCCUGUGGCAGUUCAGCACAGGAGGAUCCAUCAUGCUGUGUUGCCCCGGGGAAAAGGAGGCCGCUCCUCCUCCAGUGGAGUAGCUGCAACUGUGUUUGGAGCCACUGGCUUCCUUGGGAGAUAUGUUGUCAACCGACUCGGACGAAUGGGGUCCCAGAUUGUGGUCCCCUACCGAUGUGACCAGUAUGAUCUUAUGUACCUCAGACCCAUGGGAGAUCUCGGCCAGAUCAUCUUUAUGGAAUGGGAUGCAAGAGAUAAAGAAUCAAUCAAAAGAGCAAUGGCACACUCCAACGUGGUAAUCAACCUUGUGGGAAGAGAGUGGGAGACGAGAAACUGCAAAUUUGAAGAUGUCUUCGUCUCCAUCCCCCAACAAAUUGCAAGGGCUGCUCGUGAAGCCGGAAUUAAAAAACUAAUCCACAUGUCUCACCUUAAUGCAGAUAUCCGCAGCCCCUCCAAGUAUCUAAGGAAUAAGGCUGUAGGUGAGGCAGCAGUGAGGGAAGAGUUUCCAGAUGCCAUCAUUAUGAAACCUUCUGAGUGCUUUGGAAGAGAGGACAGAUUCUUUAACCAUUUUGCUAACAUGCGUUGGUUUGGUAAAGCUGUGCCUCUUAUUGCAAUGGGCAAGAAGACAGUCAAACAGCCUGUUCAUGUGGUGGAUGUGGCCAAAGCCAUCGUCAGUGCCAUCAAAGACCCUGAUGCCAAUGGGAAAACUUAUGCAUUGGUUGGGCCCAAUCGCUACUUGUUGCAUGACUUGGUGGAGUAUGUGUACGCGGUGGCCCACAGGCCGUUUGUUGCUUAUCCCAUACCUCGCCCUCUCUAUCACUUAAUCGCAAGGUUCUUUGAGAUGAACCCUUUCGAGCCCUGGACAACAAGAGAUAAAGUCGACCGGUUCCACACAACAGACAUGAAGAUUCCUGACCUCCCAGGUCUGGAGGACAUGGGCAUCACAGCUUCCUCCGUUGAGCAGAAAGCGAUUGAAACCUUACGACGUCACCGCCGCUAUCGUUUCCUGGAAGCUGAACUUGCAGAUACCAAGCCUGCCAAAACAGUCAGCUAUUGAGCAUCUGGUGGUCAGUCCUGGUCUGUCAGCUGUCUGAAGCUCCUCCUGUGUUGUUACCUUACGAAUUUUACCUUUUUUCUGUAAAUAAAUAAAUAAAGAUAUUCAACCUAUA